AUUGGAUCUCCUUUUAGAAGGAAAGGGUCAAUACUUGGGUGUGUUCAUUAAGCUGUUGGCUUGUGAAACAGACAUACUGUACAUAUUGUGUCUGGAAUCAUCAGCCAGGUAGGUAGGUAAUACAAUGAUAUUACUUCUCUUACAAGCUAAUAUUGAUGCGUUGAUUGUGUUACUUUGUAUGAUCAGCUAACCCUAAAUGGUAGGAUAUGCCAUUCAGGCGCAUUCCAAUAGUCUGACAAGAGAGCUAGCGGCUAGCAGGCGAUCUUGUUAUGAUGAAGAGACUGAAGACAAAAUAUUUUACAUUACUGUCAACAACUGAUUUCUGUUUUAUUGUUCCACAUUUGGUAAUGUAGCGAAAUGUGACAUUUUACAUAAACAUUGUAGUCCGUGUGUGAAUGGUGUAUACGUUGAUACAUUGUAAGUUAACAAUCUGUGCCUUUAUUUGUGUUCAGACAGCCAAACGCUACAUUCUUUCCACUUUACCGUUAUAGUGAGCAAUUUUGUUAUUGCGUUCCCCUUAUCUGCGUUCAAGUACUGUUAACUAUUUAAACAUCUCAAUGUUACAAAUACCACAUCAUGACAUCAUGAAUGCAAUGCCAUGCAGACAUGUAUUUGGCUUUCCUGCCUGACUCAUCUGUCCUAUCCUGUCUACAGGACUAUCUAUUUUCUUCCGUUUUAAAUGUCCCAUCACAAGUCUAUGCUGACAUGCUGCCAGCAGCAGCAGUUUAAUAAACAACCAACAGUUGAACAUGUGAAACAAGUCCUGUAACAAUUUAAUGUCAAAGAGCCCGUCAGAAAUGUUUACAUUCUGUAAGACUUGGAACAGCCCUAAUGAGCAGCAAAUGCAGAUGCUGCCUGUGAGCUAUUCACAGGCUUUGAUGUUAACACACUGGAGGAGGUGUCUUUAAUCUUUCUCUCUCUCUCUCUCUCUCUGUCUCUCAUAGGAUGGAAAUCAGGCCGUUGCUCAUGUGCUUUGCCCUCUGCGUGGUCUAUGCCACCAGUAAACCCACCGAGAAAAAGGAACGCAUUCACCACGAUGCACCUCUCAGCAGCCGCGAGCACGACGAUGCUCAGGGCUUCGACUACGACCACGAUGCCUUCCUGGGACAAAAGGAGGCCAAGUCUUUUGACGACCUCAGCCCAGAGGAGAGCAAGCGCAGGCUAGGGUGAGUAGGCUCAAGUCUCUGUCCGGCUGCGUCUCAAUAGUCCAAUGUGGCCACCUUUCCUCGGCUAGGCUGUGUAUCAAUAGUAUCAAGUUGAGGGUAGGGCUGUGACGGUAAUUGAAUGACCGUGUAACUGACGAUUAUGGAUGAAGAGCAUCAUGAAAAUAAAACAGUCAAAACCGUUUAAACAUUCAUUUUAGGAUUUACAUUUUUUAAAUUAACAUUAUUUUCAUGUAGAUAAAACUUACUUAAUAGCGGGAGUGUUUACUAAUGAUUAUAAGCAAAUGUUUUGUUAACUUAGUUUGUCUAUUAAACUUUCUACAUCUUCUCCUCUUUACAACUUUCCUUUGAUGCUUGAGCAGCUAAUUGCUUGAUGAGCGGGAUGUAGAGUGCUAUAGGCUAUGGCACGUCAGUAAAAAAAUUGUUUGAUGUGUUGACUUUUCAUUGCUUGCUAGUAAAUAAAGACAAUUCGCCAAGCCUUUCCAACCUGGCAUGGUAUAAUUUGAUACAGAAUAUUUUCUUAAGUUAUAGACUAAUCAACGCUGAUCAGGCCCGAUUCUGGCCGAUAUGCUGCCCUAAACGAGACCAAAGAAAUUGCCGUCCUCCUAUCCCAACAAAGUAGAAUAGUAGCCUAGGCCUAUACCAUCAUUUCUGCGCUCCAUGUGAGCAAUGCGCAUGUGUCUGGUUUCUCUGACCUAUUAAUGUUGACGGAGAGCGUGCGCCUGAACACGCAUAGAAGUACCUGGCCUGCUUCUCGCAAAUGUCAAAAGUAGGGAAGUGCCCAGCUGGGCUUCUAAGUCAUAUUUUCUUCACCUCACACAGUAAGUCAACGAAGUCCAUUAUAAUAGUUCCUCACAGUAUUUGAAAAAUCUUUAUAACACUCUCCCCCUCGAUAAUCAACGUCGCUGAUAAAUAGGCUAUGGACAUGUUGCGUGUAUUUGUUUCUAUUUUAAUGAUGGUCGUUUUCAUCUUCAUUCUAUAGCAUAGCUGUCCCUUCAUACUUUCAUUGUCAAUUAAUUACACUACCGGUCAAAAGUUUUAGAACACCUACUCAUUCAAGGGUUUUUCCUCAUUUUUACUAUUUUCUACAUUGUAGAAUAAUAGUGAAGACAUCAAAACUAUGAAAUACCAAAUAUGGAAUCAUGUAGUAACCAAAAAAGUGUUAAACAAAUCAAAAUAGAUUUUAUAUUUGAGAUUCUUCAAAUAGCCACCGUUUGCCUUGAUGACAGCUUUGCACACUCUUGGCAUUCUCUCAACCAGCUUCAUGAGGUAGUCACAUGGAAUGCAUUUUAAUUAACAGGUGUGCCUUCUUAAAAGUUAAUGUGUGUGGAAUUGAUUUCCUUCUUAAUGCAUUUGAGCCAAUCAGUUGUGUUGUGACAAGGUAGGGGGGUAUACAGAAGAUAGCCCUAUUUGGUAAAAGACCAGGUCCAUAUUAUGGCAAGAACAGCUCAAAUAGGCAAAGAGAAACGACAGUCCAUCAUUACUUUAAGACAUGAAGGUCAGUCAAUACGGAACAUUUCAAGAACUUUGAAAGUUUCUUCAAGUGCAGUCGCAAAAACCAUCAAGCAUUAUGAUGAAACUGGCUCUCAUGAGGACCGCCACAGGAAUGGAAGACCCAGAGUUACCUCUGCUGCAGAUGAUAAGUUCAUUAGAGUUACCAGCCACAGAAAUUGCAGCCCAAAUAAAUGCUUCACAGAGUUCAAGUAACAGACACAUCUCAACAUCAACUGUUCAGAGGAGACUGCAUGAAUCAGGUCUUCAUGGUCAAAUUGCUGCAAAGAAACCACUACUAAAGGACACCAAUAAGAAGAAGAGACUUGCUUGGGCCAAGAAACACGAGCAAUGGACAUUAGACCGGUGGAAAUCUGUCCUUUGGUCUGAUGUGUCCAAAUUUGAGAUUUUUGGUUCCAACCACUAUGUCUUUGUGAGACGCAGUGUAGGUGAACGGAUGAUCUCCUCAUGUGUGGUUCCCACCGUGAAGCAUGGAGGAGGAGGUGUGAUAGUGUGGGGGUGCUUUGCUGGUGACACUGUCUGUGAUUUAUUUAGAAUUCAAGGCACACUUAACCAGCAUGGCUACCACAGCAUUCUGCAGCGAUACGCCAUCCCAUCUGGUUUGCGCUUAGUGGGACUAUCAUUUGUUUUUCAACAGGACAAUAACCCAACAAACCUCCAGGCUGUGUAAGGGCUAUUUUACCAAGAAGGAGAGUGAUGGAGUGUUGCAUCAGAUGACCUGGCCUCCACAAUCCCCCGACCUCAACCCAAUUGAGAUAGUUUGGAUGAGUCUGACCGCAGAGUGAAGGAAAAGCAGCCAAUAAGUGCUCAGCGUAUGUGGGAACUCCUUCAAGACUGUUGGAAAAGCAUUUCAGGUGAAGCUGGUUGAGAGAAUGCCAAGAGUGUAGAAAAUAGUAAAAAUAAAGAAAAACCCUUGAGUAGGUGUUCUAAAACAUUUGACCGGUAGUGUAUCUUAUAGCCUACUCUCAGGAAAGCCUAAGAUAGGCCUAGGUAUUUUAUUAUGUUUUAGUGAAAGGAUAAAUAUUUGCUCUUGUUUCUGACAUACAGUACGCUGGUGGUUUUGAUUGAUGGGUGCUUUUAUGGGUGUGUGCAUGUGUGAGCUCGCUGAUUCUCUCUAUAGGCCUAAAUGUCCAUUAUGAAAGUUUCCUAAAGUAACCUGUCUGGACUCCAUCUCUUUAAUAAGAAUCAAAUGCUCCUGUCUUGAUUUAAUCUAGUAAAAGGCCUCUUUUCAGUAGCUUAGGCUACAUUAUUUCUCUCAUUACGGCAUCCUCUCGUUGAAGAAAAUAUGUCAAUGCCACUGCCAUCUAAUGAUCGCAGCAGCAGAGUUUGUGACGUUAUGCAAAUAUUUUGGGAAAAGUGGGAGUUAGUUAGAAUGGUUUUGUGCGUCGAAUUAGUAUAUGCAGAAAAGCCAACAGACAAGGACAAGGUAGGCAUUUAUCUUUAUUUUGGCUCCGUUAAUGUUGUGUCAAUACGAAAAUGUGACAGAUCCUCUCCAACCUGGCAUUUCUUACGUUUUUUUAAUUUUGUAUUUUUUUGGGCCCUUUUGCUGUUACAUGUACAUUCUACACACAUUUUAUAUACAUGGCACUUUUUUUCUCACAGUAGUUACAUAGCAAGAAUAAAGUAAUUUGAUAUACAUUACAUCUGGAUAGAUAGUACUUAUACAUUAUACAUCGUGUUCAGUCAUAACUAUUAUAGAACACCCCUCAGCUACUCUCAGUCCAUCCCACCUAUCUCCGUAAACCACCCUCUUAUGAUUUCCAUGUGCCAUAUACAGUGGGGGAAAAAAGUAUUUAGUCAGCCACCAAUUGUGCAAGUUCUCCCACUUAAAAAGAUGAGAGAGGCCUGUAAUUUUCAUCAUAGGUACACGUCAACUAUGACAGACAAAAUGAGGAAAAAAAUCGUGCUUUGCUGCAGGAGGGACUGGUGCACUUCAUAAAAUAGAUGGCAUCAUGAGAAAGGAAAAUUAUGUGGAUAUAUUGAAGCAACAUCUCAAGACAUCAGUCAGGAAGUUAUAGCUUGACCCCAAGCAUACUUCCAAAGUUGUGGCAAAAUGGCUUAAGGACAACAAAGUCAAGGUAUUGGAGUGGCCAUCACAAAGCCCUGACCUCAAUCCUAUAGAAAUUUGUGGGCAGAACUGAAAAGGCAUGUGCGAGCAAGGAGGCCUACAAUCCUGACUCAGUUACACCAGGUCUGUCAGGAGGAAUGGGCCAAAAUUCACCCAAUUUAUUGUGGGAAGCUUGUGGAAGGCUACCCGGAACGUUUGACCCAAGUUAAACAAUUUAAAGGCAACGCUACCAAAUACUAAUUGAGUGUAUGUAAACUUCUGACCCACUGGGAAUGUGAUGAAAGAAAUAAAAGCUGAAAUAAAUCAUUCUCUCUACUAUUAUUCUGACAUUUCACAUUCUUAAAAUAAAGUGGUGAUCCUAACUGACCUAAGACAGGGAAUUUUUACUAGGAUUAAAUGUCAGGAAUUGUGAAAAACUGAGUUUAAAUGUAUUUGGCUAAGGUGUAUGUAAACUUCCGACUUCAACUGUACCUGUAUGAUAACGUGGCAGAGUAAUAUACAUAUAAAAGUACUCAUUGCAAUGUCAAACUGUCACUCAUACAAGGAAGUAUGUCCUCUUUUCAGUAAAAGUUAAUCAACUUAUAGACUUGUUUGCCAGUAAAUGGAGAGGAGGUAGAAUUCCCCCUUUCCCAUCAUCAGAUUAAACUAAUAGGCUGUCACUUUCACAUAGACUGUACUAGAUAUUGGUGUUGACUGUUAUUACAUUGGUAUUAUAGUAAAUAUAGUUUGACCUCUUUUGAACUUAAUUUUUUUUUUUUUAACAGUCUCGCUCUCUCGCUCUUCCCCUUUCUGAGACAGUGUGAUUGUAGAGAAGAUUGAUGGUGACAGUGAUGGUUUUGUCACUGAGGUGGAGCUGAAAGCUUGGAUUAAGAAGGCUCAGAAGAAGUACGUCUAUGAGAACGUGGACCGCCAAUGGAAGGACUUUGAUGUCAACAAUGACGGCAUGAUCUCCUGGGAGGAAUACAGGAACGUAACUUAUGGUACCUAUCUGGGUAAGAAGGGCAUGACGUGAGCAUGCAUGAGCCCGGGAAAUGCAAUUGGUCCAAAACAUAAAUGUGUUUGUUAUGAUUGGUUGGAAAGUUGCAGGGCCUUUAGUAUUAGUUUCACUGAUUGGUUGAUUUACCGUAUCAAUUCAGGUCAGGGUGUAUCAUGUGGGAUUAACUAGAGAUCAUAGCCGCUUCCCUUUGACCCCACAGAUGACUCGGAACCAGAUGACGGUUACAACUACCAGCACAUGAUGGCGAGGGACGAGAGGCGUUUCAAAAUGGCCGACCAGAACAGAGACCAGAUCGCCAACAAAGAGGAGUUCACCGCCUUCCUACACCCAGAGGAGUACGACCACAUGAAGGACAUAGUGGUGCUAGUAUGUGUGUUUCAUUCUCUGUGUUCAUUAGAUUAAGAGGUAUUUGGAAAAAAUGAAACACGGGACCUCUCUAACCAUCCUCCUCUUUCUCCUUGUUUACCCCACAGGAAACCAUGGAGGACAUUGAUAAGAAUGGUGAUGGUUUCAUUGACCUGAGUGAAUACAUAGGUAAGGACUGAAGUGGACAUACUCUGAGUAUACAAAACAUUAUGAACACCUGCUCUUUCUGUGACAUAGACUGACCAGGUGAAUCCAGGUGAAAGCUAUUAUUUCUUAAAUCAAAUGAAAUCAAAUUGUGUUUGUCACAUGCGCCGAAUACAACUGGUGUAGACUUUACAGUGAAAUGCUUGCUUACGAACCUUUCCCAACGAUGCAAAGUUUUAAAAAUGAUAAUAAAUAAAAAAAAAUUAACUAACACGAGGAAUAAAAUAAAAUACACAAGAGUGGAGCUAUCAGAUCAAUGUGCAGAGGUACAAGGUACUUGAGGUACAGUGAGGGAAAAAAGUAUUUGAUCCCCUGCUGAUUUUGUACGUUUGCCCACUGAUAAAGAAAUGAUCAGUCUAUAAUUUUAAUGGUAGGUUUAUUUGAACAGUGAGAGACAGAAUAACAACAACAAAAUCCAGAAAAACACAUGUAAAAAAUGUUAUAAAUUGAUUUGCAUUUGAAUGAGGGAAAUAAGUAUUUGACCCCCUCUCAAUCAGAAAGAUUUCUGGCUCCCAGGUGUCUUUUAUACAGGUAACGAGCUGAGAUUAGGAGCACACUCUUAAAGGGAGUGCUCCUAAUCUCAGCUUGUUACCUGUAUAAAAGACACCUGUCCACAGAAGCAAUCAAUCAAUCCGAUUCCAAACUCUCUACCAUGGCCAAGACCAAAGAGGUCUCCAAGGAUAUCAGGGACAAAAUUGUAGACCUACACAAGGCUGGAAUGGGCUACAAGACCAUCGCCAAGCAGCUUGGUGAGAAGGUGACAACAGUUGGUGCGAUUAUUCGCAAAUGGAAGAAACCCAAAAGAACUGUCAAUCUCCCUCGGCCUGGGGCUCCAUGCAAGAUCUCACCUCGUGGAGUUGCAAUGAUCAUGAGAACGGUGAGGAAUUAGCCCAGAACUACACGGGAGGAUAUUGUCAAUGAUCUCAAGGCAGCUGGGACCAUAGUCACCAAGAAAACAAUUGGUAACACACUACGCCGUGAAGGACUGAAAUCCUGCAGCACCCGCAAGGUCCCCCUGCUCAAGAAAGCACAUAUACAGGCCCGUCUGAAGUUUGCCAAUGAACAUCUGAAUGAUUCAGAGGAGAACUGGGUGAAAGUGCUGUGGUCAGAUGAGACCAAAAUGGAGCUCUUUGGCAUCAACUCAACUCGUGUUUGGAGGAGGAGGAAUGCUGCCUAUGACCCCAAGAACACCAUCCCCACCGUCAAACAUGGAGGUGGAAACAUUAUGCUUUGGGGGUGUUUUUCUGCAAAGGAGACAGGACAACUUCACCCCAUCAAAGGGACGAUGGACGGCGCCAUGUACCGUCAAAUCUUGAGUGAGAACCUCCUUCCCUCAGCCAGGGCAUUGAAAAUGGGUCAUGGAUGGGUAUUCCAGCAUGACAAUCACCCAAAACACACGGCCAAGGCAACAAAGGAGUGGCUCAAGAAGAAGCACAUUAAGGUCCUGGAGUGGCCUAGCCAGUCUCCAGACCUUAAUCCCAUAGAAAAUCUGUGGAGGGAGCUGAAGGUUCGAGUUGCCAAACGUCAGCCUCAAAACCUUAAUAACUUGGAGAAGAUCUGCAAAGAGGAGUGGAACAAAAUCCCUCCUGACAUGUGUGCAAACCUGGUGGCCAACUACAAGAAACGUCUGACCUCUGUUAUUGCCAACAAGGGUUUUGCCACCAAGCACUAAGUAAUGUUUUGCAGAGGGGUCAAAUACUUAUUUCCCUCAUUAAAAUGCAAAUCAAUUUAUAAAAUUUUUUACAUGCGUUUUUCUGGAUUUUUUUGUUGUUAUUCUGUCUCUCACUGUUCAAAUAAACUUACCAUUAAAAUUAUAGACUGAUCAUGUCUUUGUCAGUGGGCAAACGUACAAAAUCAGCAGGGGAUCAAAUACUUUUUUCCCUCACUGUAGGUAUGUACAUGAAGGCAGGGUAAAGUGACUAGGCCUUAUUGAUGUCACUUGUUAAAUCCAGUUCAAUCAGUGUAGAUGAAGGGGAGGAGACAGGUUAAAGAAAGAUUUUUAAGCCUUGAGACAAUUAAGACAUGGAUUGUGUAUGUGUGCCAUUCAGAGGGUGAAUGGGCAAGACAAAAGAUUGAUGUGCCUUUUGAAUGGGGUAUAGUAGUAGGUGCCAGGCGCACCGGUUUGUUUCAAGAACUGCCACGCUGUUUCCUGUGUGUAUCAAGAAUGGUCCACCACCCAAAGGACAUCCAGCCAACUUGACACAACUGUGGGAAGCAUUGCAGAAGGUGUUCCUAAUGUUUGGGAUACUCAGUGUAUAGUCACUUUAUUCUGAGGUCCCCAUUCAAUACAUGUACAAUAUUUAUGUUUCUACCUCCUCAGACACUCUUUCAUCCCCCUCUCCUUUGUUUCAUAGGUGACAUGUACAACCAUGAAGAUGAGAUGGAGGAGCCAGACUGGGUUGCGACGGAGCGUGAGCAGUUCUCAGAGUUCCGGGACAAGAACAAAGACGGGAAGAUGGAUCGGGAGGAGACUAUGGACUGGAUCCUUCCUUCAGACUACGACCACGCAGAGGCCGAGGCCAAACACCUCGUCUACGAGUCUGACUCAAACAAGGUGAGACAAUCUCUCUCUCUCUCUCUCUCUCUAUUGGUUCUCAUUCUAUCUUUCUCCCCCUUUCUCUUUCCCUCACAAUGUCUGUGUCUGUUUAAGCAUUCAAUUGACUAAAUAGCCUUUUUGUUUUUGAUUUCAGGAUGGAAAGCUCAGCAAGGAAGAAAUCCUGAACAAGUACGACCUGUUUGUAGGAAGUCAAGCAACUGACUUUGGCGAGGCGCUAGUACGGCAUGAUGAGUUUUAGAUUAUUUAGUCCUAGCUAGAUAAAACAGUUUUAAACUUGAUUUGAUAAAUGAUAGAAUUUAUUUUGUACGAAACCUAUUCAUACACUACAUUGUCUCCAAUUAGUUUGUGGUUGAUAGCACACAAUAGUUGUGUGUGUUUAUAGUUACUGACUUCCCAUCCCAACACUUCAUUUUGUUGUUCUGUUACAUACAUAGGUAGUUUAGAUUGGUCAUUAUGUUUGAAAUAUGAUGAUAUACUCACAAGCACUGAAUAUUCCUUUUGGAGUUGUAAUAAUUUAUCAUUUUUCCACCAAACCCUUCAUAUGUGGUAAUUAUUUUGUGUUUUUUACAGUCAUGUUUUGAAUGACACUGAUUGUAGUGAUAGCCCAUAAUUUCUUAGUAUAGUUAGUAGAUGAGAGAUGCUACCCAACGUUAGCCUCAUACAUUUCCUUUUACCCAGUGUGUGCCUUCUCAGAGUAGUCUUUUGGGAGCUCAACCUAUGAAGCUGACACUAAAUAUCAGUGGAUCAGAGGGUCAUGGGAACAUGAGUCCACUACAGUGAAAUCAUCCCUCACCCUGCUCUGUUUCUCCAUAAACACUCUGUUUGACCCCCUCUUCUUCAGAUGUACUGUAUUUGUCUAUCAUGACUAGGGCCGUUAUUACAAUGUUACUAAGUUCAUCACUGCUUCUGUAGCCUUCUCUCCUGUCAAUCACUGCCUCUCAAUAGUCUACAGUGGCUUCCUCUCCUUCUCUUCUGUCAAUCACUGCCUCUCAAUAGUCUACAGUGGCUUCCUUGCCUUAU